UAUUUUCAACAACUGAACAUUAUUCUCUGCUGGAAAAUUUGACGUUGGGUUGAAUGCAAAUUAUUUUCAUGAGACGAGAUGGAUAUCUAACUUACUUGGACAAUGUGACUACAAGUGUUUGAAAAGGACUAACGUGCUAGUAUUGUGGAGAUUGCGAACGCUCCUCAUGGCCAAUCGUCGUGUGUUCUCUUCGAAUCCUGUUGACCUGCAUCCGUUGGUCCAGGCUUGCUUUCAGUGCAAUGUCAAUGAGCUUCGCCAGCUCAUCCAAAAUCGUGAAGAUGUGAACGUCCAGGAUUCAGAACGUCGGUCACCACUGCAUGCUGCCGCCCAUGUGGGCGAUAGCGAGUGUGUUAGCCUAUUGAUUUUGAAUGGCGCGCGAGUUAACUGCAAGGAUAACCGCUGGUUAACACCUUUGCACCGCGCUUCGGCUUCAGGUCAUGAUGAAGUUGUGCGAACAUUGCUGAAGCACUCGGCUGAUGCUACUGCUCGCGACAAGAAUUGGCAGACACCACUGCAUAUAGCAGCGAACAAUAACCAUGUCAUGUGCGCCGAGGUUUUAGUCCCAUUCGUCAAUAGCUUGAACAUCACGGAUCGUGCUGGUCGAACAGCACUGCAUCAUGCUGCUUAUGAAGGUCACGUGGAGAUGGUGUCGCUCCUUUUGGCCAAAGGUGCCCAAAGCAAUGCUUCUGACCGCAAGGAUCGACGACCUCUUCAUUGGGCAGCUUACCGAGGUCACUGUGACUGUAUUCUAGCUCUGAUUGAGAAUGGCAACUUGAACGUUCAAGACAAGGAGAUGUACACUGCUCUUCAUGCAGCUGCAGCCAAUGGGCAGGUGCAUGCCUUGAAACUGCUGUUGGACCUGGGCGCUGAGCUUGAGCCACGCAAUGUGUAUGGCAACACACCACUACAUGUAGCUUGCCAUAAUGGCCAGGACAUUGUCGUCAAUGAGCUGUUGGCAUACGGAGCGGAGAUCAAUGCUACCAAUAACAAAGGCCAGACACCUCUCCACUAUGCUGCUGCAUCGAAUCACGGUGCUCUCUGCUUAGAGCUGCUGGUGUCUGAAGGUGCUAACCCCAACAUUCAGUCCAAUGAUGGAAGAACACCUCUACACGUGACGGCCCUCCAUGGCUUGUACACCCGAGCUACUGCUCUUGUGCGACACAACGCUGAUGUGAAUAUCUCUGAUAAGCAAGGAAACACACCCAUUCAUAUCGCGGCACGCUAUGGCCAUGAGUUGCUAGUGGAGAUGCUCUUGCAUUCCGGAGCUGAAGCUAAUCGACGAGGUCCAAGUGGUAUGACUCCGCUGCAUCUAGCAUGUCUAAACGGCCACACCGACUGCUGUAGAACGUUGCUGGGCGUGUGCGAUGACGUGUCGGCUAGAGACAGCAACGGUCGCACUCCCCUGCACGGUGCAGCGUGCUCCGGCAAUAUGGACCUAGUUGACUUGUUGAUUGAGCAUGGAGUUGGAGUGAAUGAGAAGGACAACCUUGGAAAGACUCCACUGCACUAUGCAGCAUGCCACACCAAGUAUAACUGCGUGCUGACACUGGUGUCUCAGUGCGAGGAUAUCAACUCUGCCGAUGAGACUGGUUGUAUGCCACUGCACUAUGCAGCAGCCAACGACUCCGAGUCUAAAGUUGUGGCCCACUUGCUGAUGAACAAGGCCACUCCGACUCUACGCGACAAGAAGGGCUUCUCGCCUGUGCAUUAUGCCGCUCGGUUUGGCCACACGUUAACGCUGCAGAUGCUACUGGAUGUGAGCACAGCAGACACUAUGCCCCGGCAGGGUGCACCCGCUACAACUCCUUUGCAUCUUGCAGCAUAUCAUGGCCAUCAUGAUGCGCUGCUAGUCUUGAUGCAGACAACUGUGAACUUGGAUGUGCGUGAUGAACAUGGGCGUACACCAUUGGACUUAGCAUCAUUCCAGGGACACUCGACGUGCGUAGAAGCUCUGUUGGUACGGACGGCAAGUGUGCUUGUUCGGGAUGAUGUCUCUCAUCGUACUCCUCUCCAUUCUGCUGCUCAAAAUGGCUAUGGGUGUUCGCUGAAGAUGCUGCUGGAAAAUCUGGAGAGUGGUGAUGAUGUCAACUCUCAAGAUACCCUUGGGUGCACGCCACUCAUGUUAGCGGUGACCAAUGGUCAUGUAGACUGUGUCGCGUCAUUGAUAUUUCACUUAGCCAAGGUAGACAUUCCCGAUGAGGACGGGCACACAGCUUUACACCGGGCAGCUGCUGCUGGUAUUGAGGAGUGCAUGGAUACGCUGCUACAACAGCAAGUUAAUGUCAACGUUAGUGACAAGCAAGGCCGUACUCCUCUGCACAUUGCCGCCAUGUGUGGUCAAGUGAGCAUGUGGGGCGCACUCGUACAGGCCGACGCACAGUUCCUUGCAACAGACAAGCACGGCUACACUCCGCUGCACUGGGCGUGUUACAAUGGACAUGAAAGUCUGGUGGAGAUGUUAGUAGAGAGUGAAGGCAGUGUAUUCUCUCAACCUGUUGGUAACCUCUUCUCACCACUGCACUGUGCAUGUGUCAAUGACCAUGAUGGAUGUGCUGAGGUGUUGAUUGACUCGCUGUCCGAAGACCUGGUUAGUUGGCGUGAUCAUCGCGGUCGCCAUGCGCUGCAUGCGUCUGUGUGCGCACCCACCACUGGCUGUCUGCAACUGCUGACCACGGGCAAGAACUUGCUGUUGAACACAGCAGACAAUGAUGGCAUGUCCCCGCUCAUGUUAGCUGCUCGCAAUGGAAAGACACAGCAUUGUGAGCUUCUGAUCGCGUGCAGUGACAUCAACGUAGACGUGAGCAGUCUGUCCGGUGAUACUGCUCUCAGCUUAGCUUGUACACAGGGCCACGAGUCAAUAUGUCUGCAAGUGCUGAAGAAGUGCAGCGAUGCAUCAUUGGCAUGGCGUAACGACGAACAGCAAACGUUGUUACACGUUGCUGCGCAUAAUGGUAUGAACAACUUAGUGGAAGAAUUGAUCAACAAAGGUGCCAAUCUCCAUGCUCUGGACAGUAAAGGCCGUUUACCCAUUGUCAGCUGUGCGAGUAACGAGAAGACAGCGAAAUGCAUCCAACUUCUGCUGCGGGGCUCAUACAACCAGUAACAUCAGCUGCAUGCUUCUACAAUGUGUGCUGAAUGCGCUGCAUACUUGACCCAGUGGCUGGCUGGCGGCUACUCAUCCUUCUUUAGAAGAGCCGUGGGCGUUGCAAUUUCUCCUUCAGCGCACAAUUGAUCAUGGGGCGAGCAGCAUCAUGUGGACGGUGCCAAGCUAUGGUUGGUGUUACGGCUGCUGUGUGCGCUGCGGCUGAUUGCCACGGUCAAUAGCCUGUCUAUAGUUGUAGGUACAUUGCCGGUGUGGGUGUGCGUGUGUGCGUGUGCGUGUGUGGAUGUGUGUGGUGUGUGUGUGUGUGUGUGCACAUGUCUCUGUAUGCGUGUGCGCGUGUCUGUUUUCAGGUGUCUGCAUGUAUGUUCAUGCUAGAGAUGUAUGCGUGUUUUUGUUCUUUAGAUGUGUGUGUGUGUGUGUGUGUGUGUGUGUGUGUGUGUGUGUGUGUGUGUGUGCGCGCGUGUGUGUGUAUAGCCCUUUGCCCUGCUCCCUCCUUCCUUCCCCGCAAACACCAACACAUCAGCAUGCAAAUGCUAGUUCUUUAUUUUCACCUUCUUUGAACGCUGUGGGAAGGCCUGUGUUGGAGAGAACACCAGAUCAUGUGACAUCUCUUGGCAUUGCUUCCAAGCUCUUCCGGCCAUGUUCUCCUGUAGGUAUUCAUUCGGGCAUCUCUUCUUAUUUUUCGUAUGCCUUGCUGUUCAGCCUCAUUUCAUUUAUCUUUCGACAAGCAGGUGGAAGGUAUCUAUUUGGAGAUAUUUAGGCUAAUGUUCUCCGAUCCUUUUUUUAAGAUAUCCGUGUGUCUGUAGCACAUGAAAUUUUGAUAUUGUUUUUACCGUGUCCUCAUUUUCAUGACGGCCAUACAAUUCACAUUACAUCCUUUGCUUGUAUAUUUUAGUUAGGAUCUGUAGCAGUCAUGAAUCAUGGAGAAGUCCUGUUGCAUCUUGCAAAUCAAUUGGCCAUCUACCUUGAUUAGUAGUCCAUCAUCUGUCUUGGUGCUUUGGCCAUAGUUUCUUUUAGUCCUGUUCUGUGCCUUCGGUUUACUAAUAUUCGCAGAUGCUUUUUUCGCCUUGUUUCUUUUUUUUACCAUGUUUUGUUCUCCCCCGCGACAGUAUCUUCUUAUCGGUGACGUUUUUACCCCCUCCCCCCCCCCCCCCCCCCCCCUCUCCAGCUCUCUAGUUUUAGCCUGCUGUGCCACACUCUCUGUUUUAUCUUCUCUUGUACUCAGUUGCUGAUGGUAGUCUUUCCUGCUCUCCGUCGAUACCGGUGCCACUGUCUCGCUCUCGCUGGUGGCCGGCUCGGUUUUUCCGGUGUUUUUUUUGCCAAGUAGUGUUAUCGUUAGCUCCUUUCUUUCUGCUGAAGAGUGCAGUCGACUGUGCUGCAAAUUCUCUGUUGUGGCCCAUAGUAGUCACGCGCCCCCCUGCUUACUUUUAGCUCUAUUCUGUGUACCUUGUGUUAUCCACUAUUUUCUUAGAAUACUCGGUCCCGGUUUCUCCUAGUGCACUGCGGUGGCGCCGGCAUGGCGUGCUGUGUGCCUACGUCUGAUCUAAGUAUACGGUAAUAAUAAUAUUCUGUUUCAACCGAA